UAGAGUCUCUGUUCUUCUUAACGUGAGUCUCAAUGAUGCUGCUGGUUCAGUCUGAGCUUUGGCACUCUGGUGUGGACAAACAGGUCAGGAUUUUCUCAUAGGAUAAAACUGCGGUAAAAUAAUGGAGGCAUGGCCUUUGUGGAAUGAAACAACCUCGCAUUAUGAGACUGUCACGGACACCCUGUUCUUCAUCUUCAACUACACAGUCUUAACGCUGACAUUAAUGCUGGGCUUGCCAGGGAACUUGUGGGUUUGUUGGGUUGUUUUCAGGACAAAGAGUCUGCAGACGUGCAACAACGCCCUGUUGGUCAGUCUGGCCGCCAGCGACCUGUUGAAGUGCUCCGUGGACACCCCACUGCUGCUCUUCUCCUUCCUGCGCUACGGAAAGGACAGCCAGGUGUGUGUGUCUGUGUGCACCCUGCAGCAGUUCACCUACGCGCUGUGCAGCUGCGUCCAGCUUCUCACGCUGGUCAGCAUCAGCGUGGAGCGCUACCAAGCCAUCGCGUUUCCUUUCCAAACCGAGGGGAGGAGGGCGAGGGUCUGUGUCUGGAUCAUGUCCAUCUGGGCAUGCGGCCUCAUUCUGGCUGUCAUCUCUCUGACUCUGUCCCAAGACGCGCUUCUAUACAUGCUGUGUCGUCCACACGUUGCUGCCCACGGGGACGAGCGUCUUCAAUACGGUGAUCCAUUUGGCCCCUAUGUCCUAGUACCGGUCUGGGGUCUGUCUCUGACUGUGAUCAUUUUCCACUACCUGCGGAUAUUCAGAGUUGUAAGGCAGCACCAAAAGAAAGUUUUCAGCCGAGGAGUCCAACUAAAGCCCACGGUGUCUGAGCACGCGUGGGGAUGGCUGAGUGUCCCAGCUUCAGCACCACCAGCCUCCCUUAACUCUCUGGCCAGUGUUGGUUCCAGGAACCAGAUGCCUCCGCGUAGGACGGUGCUCUUGGUGGCCGAAGCGAGUGCUCCCAUAGCGGGCCCCUCCACGGGAACGGCGCCGGAGAGACCUCCAGAGAUUGUGGGUGCUGUAUGUCUUCUCACACCAGGUGCCAGGGAGCGUGGGAAAAAACAGAUAGAGGGGAAGCUGGCCAAACGUUUCGGGUAUAUAAUCAUUGCGUUCACGCUUUUCUGGGUGCCAAUGGUAGUCAUUCUGCUGAUGAACGUCAUCUCGUGGCAGGACACGGACAAAUUGCUGAUGGAGCUGGAAACAUCAGCGAUUGUGCUGACCUGUGUGCAGGCUGCAGUGGAUCCACUCAUCUACACUUUAGUCACCAGACAGUUUCGCUCUGAGCUCAGCAAGAUACUCUCCUCCAUCCCAGGGUGUCCCUUUAAAUUGAAGGCGUGAAGGUUCACCGCUUAAACAUUCGGGUCACACAGACUGCACCCUGGGGAACUGAAAAUAAGCUGAUUUUAAAAACUUGCACAAAGUGAUUCAGAGGCAGGUGAAGAAGAGAGCCCACAGGUUUGUAUUUGUGGCAGAUAUAGAUGUUUUAUCAGGCGUUUCACAGUCGGGACACAAGACAAGGUUCAUAAAUAAUAUCCAACACCUGACAAGAUACGCACAGCAGUAGUCUCAACAACGACAGGUGGCAUAGGAGGGCAAAGCAAAGAGUGAGAGGGAAACAGAGUCCAGAGAGAAGACAAUCAAAGGAGAAUAUAACAGAGACAAACACAAUCACAGACCUCUGCUUUUGCUGUUUGUAAAUCAAUCCUAUGACACUUUGAACAGAAAUUUGUGACCUAAUAAUUCAAACGGUGUCAUUUCAAAGUGCAGCUGUCACAAAAAUGUCCUGAAACAGAGAAGCAGAAAAUAAAAAAGUCAUUUAAAUGCAGGGAGCCUCACCUCUGCCUUUAGACUUAUGUUGUAGUUCAGACUCUUGUCAGACUUGAUGCUGUGAAUAUGAAGUCGAUGUCUUCAACCUCUCUUUAAAAUCACACUGAAAAAGC